AUGACCUCCCCCUCGUCACCCCUCCCCUCCCCGUCCCCCUGUCCCCCGCCACCUCCGUCCCUCCCGUCCUCCCCCACCCCGUCGUCUCCCGCCCCCUCCGCUCUCCCCCCUCCUCCCUCCCUCCCCCCCACUGGGGAGGUGAUGAUCCUGGCACUGGGGCGGAAGAAGCAGCGCCUGCUCCUCUGCCUCUCGGUCCUGCCCAACCUCUUCCUGUCCUUCCUGCUGUCCUCCGACCCCCUGCUCACCCUCUCCUCGCCUCACCACUGCCGCCUGCCCGUGGCCUCGCCGUCGCCCGAGCUCCUCAACUACUCUCUGCCCUGGGAGAGCGGCGCCCGGGAGGGUGACAAAGGCGGCUGGUCUCAGUGCAAGCAGUACCAGUUCGUCAAUGGCACCCAGUCUGGCGUGGUGAACUGCGAGGAUGGCUGGGACUACAACGUCACCGAGGGACUGAGGAAUAACAUCGUUACAGAGUGGGACCUGGUGUGUGGUCAGUACUGGCUGGUGCCCGUGGAGGAGGUGUGCUUCAUACUCGGAAUCCUGACCGGCUGCCUGGGCCUGGGCUACGCUGCUGACCGGCUGGGCAGGCUGAAGACUCUGCUCACCUCCCUGACCCUGUCAGUGAUUUUUGGGGUGCUGGUGUGCGUCUCUCCCUCGCCUUCUCUCUUCAUCAUCACGCGCUUCUGCCUGGCUGCGGCCACCGCUGGAGUUUACCUCACUCUGUACAUCACCCGUCUGGAACUCUGCGACCCAUCGUUAAGGUUGCUGGUCACCAUGGUGGCUGGCCUGACAACAGUUGCUGGGGAGUUGCUGCUGCUGGGUGUGGCUCUGGGAUGUCAGUCUUGGAGGGGGCUGCUGGGAGCAGGGACUGCACCGCUCUCUCUGUUCCUGAGCUAUGGUGUGCCCGGGGUGUUUCCCGAGUCUCCUCGCUGGCUCCUGCUCUCUGAGAGAUCCACAGACCUGCAUUCCUUCAGCGAGCGGAGAGAGAGAGAGAGGGAUGAUGACAGCUUCACAGAGCUAGAGUCGGAGCCGCCCCCCUCUGGACGGCCCCACCUGUCCUUCCCCGAACUUUUGCACAGCAGGAACAUCUGGAAGAACAUGUGUGUGCUGGGAUUCACAUCAUUUAUCUCUCAUGGGAUCAGUCACUGCUACAGUUCUUUCCGUGGUGAUGUCCGAGGCACCGCCCCCAGUUUCUAUUGGACUUACCUGCUCUCUGUCUGUGCGGGUGGCGGAGCCUGGCUGUUGCUAUGGGCAACUGUGGACAGGUGUGGUCGCCGUGGCAUCCUGCUUCUGGCAAUGACGAUGACAGGUUUAGCCUCUCUUAUUCUGCUGGGACUGAUGGAGUAUCUCAGUGAGUCGGCCAUAACGGUGUUCUCGGUGCUCGGUCUCUUCUCGUCCCAGGCCGCAGCUUCCCUCUGUAUCCUCUUCACAGCCGAGGUCAUCCCCACAGUUAUCAGAGGCGUUGGUGUGGGUAUGGUGAUGGCCCUGGGCUGUGUGGGUCGCCUCAGUUCCCCUCUUAUGGACCUGCGUAAUCACUAUGGCUACUUCCUGCACCACGUGGUGUACUCGUCCCUGGCCCUGCUGGCCGUGCUCUCCAUCCUGCUGCUGCCCGAGAGUAAGAGGAAGCCCCUGCCCCAGACGCUGGCCGACGGGGAGCAGUACCGGCGCCCCCCGCUGGGCCGGAGGAGGAGGGACAACGUACCCCUGCUGGCCACACCCAACCCAGAGACCUAGUACCUGCCCGUGCUUGUCCGCCACAGCCAUCCGCCAGAGUAACGGCACGUCCGCGCAGAACAGAGAGGGGCCAGCUGAG